ACCCCAGCAAUGUCAAAUGAACUGGAUGUGUUUGUGGGAAAUACCACUCUGAUCGAUGAAGAGGUUUAUCAGCUCUGGCUAGAUGGAUACUCAGUGAGUGAUGCUGUCAAUAUUCGACUGAAAAGUGGAAUUCUCGAUCAGACUGGAGCAGGUCCUGAUGUCCUCGAGAGUGACACCAUGGACCAUUACCGUACUUUUCAAAUGAUUGAAAGGCUCCUUCACUACCCCCCAAAGCUGGUACAGCAGCUGCUCUUUCAGAUACCACCCUACAAGCAGAGCAUGUUGAUUGAGAGGUAUUAUGCAUUUGAUGAAGCUUUCGUCCGGGAAGUUCUUGGUAAAAAACUUUCAAAAGGAACUAAAAAAGAUCUGGACGACAUAAGUGCAAAGACUGGAGUGACCUUGAAAAGCUGCAGGAGACAGUUUGACAAUUUCAAGCGAGUGUUCAAAGUGGUUGAAGAAAUGAGGGGCAAUUUAGUCGAGAACAUUCAGCAGAAUUUUCUGUUAUCAGACAAGCUAGCCAGGGAUUAUGCUGCAAUAGUUUUCUUUGCAAACAGUCGUUUUGAAACCGGGAAACGAAAACUUCAGUACCUCACUUUUGAAGACUUUGCUACCUGCGCUGAACAUAUUAUUCAGAACUGGACUCUGGGAGCAGUGGAUGUAGCAGAAGACAUGGAUAUGGAUUUGGAUAAGGAAUUUCUGCAGGAUCUGAAAGACCUGAAAAUCCUAAUAACAGACAAAGACCUUCUGGAUCAGCAUAAGAGCUUAGUGUGUACAUCUUUAAGAGCAAAAAUGUGUGCGUUUCAUGAAAUGGAAACAAAUUUUAAGACACUCUCUCGGGCUUUGGUGAAUAUUGGAACCAGCCUCACUCAUAAUAAGGAUGUACGAGACUUCUUCAUUGAUCUUGUAGAAAAGUUUAUAGAGCCCUGUAAAUCUGCUAACUGGUCUUUUUCGGAUGUUCAGCUGUUUCUCACUCAGUACACAGCAUCUGCUCGUGCUCUUGACGCCUUCAAGCAGCAGGCUCUUUGGGAGAGAUACAUGGGUACUUUACGAAGCUGUCUCCUGAAAAUGUAUCACAACUAAAGGAACAAGCUCACUAAUGGGCUGUAAACUCAAGUACAUGUCCACUGAUCACAUGACUGAAUA